AUGAAACGAGCAAUAAAUGAUAGGAAAACUAAGAAGAAAGUUCUAACAAAAAAAAUAUCAAAAAAGAAGAAACUUUUCAAAGAUCCGUUUCUGCGUGAACUCGAUCAAAAAAAAGUAACCAAAACGGAGCCAAAACUUCCCAUUCUUCCAACGCAUACUACCAAAGAAGAUGAUAAAGUCUAUGCACGAACAGCAGUAAAUAAAGCUAAUGUAGCUCGUCUUUUACCAAAAACUCGUCUUCAAUUACCAACUCAUGCACUUCGAUCGGCACGAACAUUUGCUCAAUGUCCAUCAGUGAGUGUUGUCAGUAAUGAAGAAACUGACACCCAACAUCACCAAUUACCUGUGGUAUGUUCACGUGGUGCACUCAAUUUUCAUGCUCGACGAUUGGGUACAUCACAACGUGUGGAUAAUGAAUAUCGUUUAGGACAGGUUAAAAAACGUGUUGCUGGAAAAAUAAAAAUUGAUCAAUUGUAG